CAAUUGCAGCCACUCGUCAAGAAUGGAUUCUGCCGAGACGCUCCAAGUGCUUGGCGCGAUCGCUGCCGUCGCCGUCGCCGUCCGCUACGCGCUGCGGCAACGGGUGCCAGCCGCACGCUUUGGUGACGCCUACGUCACGAUCAUGGAGCACGAAGCCAACUCGUUCCACGUGAUGGCGCUGCCACCGACGCGAACGAUCACGAUCUUUCCGCAUCUCGACGUACCGGCCCUCGCAGCACGCACGGCGGCUAUCGUUGCGGCCAACCCGUGGCUGCUCGGGCGCAUGGUCUCGGCAGCCGACAAGACGGUCGAACUCCAGUACGCCACGUCACCGACCAACGUCGAGGCUGCGUUCGCCGAGGUAACGUGCCCGCUGCCAGCCGACGCGUCGACGAACGACGUCAUGGAUUGGCUCACGACAAGCAUUGCACCGACCAUGAUUGGCCGGCUCUGCCUCGACGAUCCGAGCGCGCGCCUCUUCCAAGUCGUCGCUGUGCACUUGGCCAACGGCAGCACCGGCGUCGCCGUCGCACUCUGCCACUCGAUCGGGGACGGCGAUACGUUCUACACGCUCUACAAGAUGCUCGAUGUGCACGAAAAGGUGCAGUCGCUGACACCGACCCGCGCCUUUUACAAUGGGACGCCGGUCUUCCGCCACUGGGCGCCAUUCACGACGCGGUCUGCGUUCAUGGGCCUUCGUGUGCUCAUCAAUGCGCUACUCUACGGCUACCGCAAGGCGCUCGGGAUGCCACCGCACGUCGCAUGCUACCGCGUCAACGUGGAGGCAGUCGCAGCCGCCAAGGCAGCGCACACCCCGACGCCUUCCGCGCCCUUCCUCUCGACCAACGACAUUCUCACCAGUGCUUUCUUCGCGAUGACCCAGACGUCGCUGGGGCUCAUGUCCCUCAACCUCCGGGAUCGACUGGGCCUCUCGUCCAAGGACGCGGGCAACUACAUCAUUGCCUUUACGUACACGGCCAGCGAGUACGCAUCGCCCGCCAGCAUCCGCGCGUCCAACGUCGACAAGCGCGCGCCGCAGCGCAAGACUGCUUCGACCGCCGAGCCUGUGCCUAGUGCGCUGGCCGGCCUUUUUGGCGGGAAACUCUCGGUGAUCACCAACUGGUGCUCGUUCUACCACCACCUGGUGCUUGAGGACGGCGUGCACCCGCUCUCGCACGCGCCACUCGUGACGCAAGGCCUCCUCCCGUUUGACGCGACGGCUGUUUUGUAUAAUCACUCGCCCACUGACGUGCGCUUGGUCGUGACGCGCAAUGCGUCGACGCCGCUCUUGCCCUCCGCGCUUCUGGAGCCACUUGGCGCCUUGAUGGUGGCACCGUCGGCGUAA